AUGAAGCGGAAACAAAAGACAAAACAUCUGGAAAGCACAUUCUGCCUCCAGUCUGAAAAGACAUCAGGAGGCAGCACUCAAAGGGACCCUGGAAUAUCGACAGCUCAGUCAGCUGGAAAACAAAACAGCAUGGUAGAGGACAGAGGAAUCCAUCAGUUCCAGGAAGAAGCUCCCUGUUUUCGAUUCCCUGAGACGUCUCUCCUCCACUUAGAACUUCAGCAGACUCUCUUGCCGUAUCAGAAUAACUGUUUUCAUUACCAUUUAGCCAAUGAGCCCUGUACUCCAGAAAUACAUAGAAGAAGGGAAAGGGAGAUGAAAGUUUACUACACAUGUGUCCAAAGAAAAAGAGAGGUGGCUGACUUACAGAAUACGAAGAAAGGUUUGGAGCCUGCACCAAGGAAGGCACGAGUACAAGAAAUGACUUUUACUGGGAAGAUCCCCAUAGAGACCAACCUCCCUAUUUUGUCCCCUUGGGAACUCCUAACGGAGAGUGAGUGUGGCUGGGAUGUGGAAGAAGAGAAAGAAGCAGUCAAGGUGAUGAAGGAGGAGUCGUCUGACAGCCCAGCAGAGCCUCCAGCUCUGGAGGAGAGCCCCAAGGCCAGGACGCCCGAGUGGCUGGUGACCCCCGAGAGUGGCUACAAGUGUAUGGGCUGCUGCCGAGUCUUCCCCAGCCGGACCGUGCUGCAGAGGCACGUGCAGCACGGGGUUGAGGAGGGCUUUAGCUGCCGUGCCUUCCACCUUGCCUUUGCCUGGCUGAAGAGCAAAAGGAGCAUGAAAAAGAGAAGAAAGAAGAAAGCCACCUAUGGCAGCAGCAAGGGGAAAGCCCCUAACAACGAGGGACUGCAGCUGUCAGAGGCACAGUCACAGGCACAGUCCACUGAGGCAGCCCCAUCUCCUCUGAGAAGCCAGAGCACCCAUCUUUCCUUGUGCGCACCUGACACCUCCAUGACCACCAGUAUCGAAGAACCUUUUCUGAUGGUAUCCACCAUUCUCUUCAUCCUGAGAACUGACUGA